CCGAACCAACCAAAGCCUCUACGACUCUAACCCUAAAGCCAAACUAGAUUUCCCCAACCUCGACGUCCUCCGCCGCCGCCGCCAUGAGCCGCAAAAACGCCGCCGGCUCAUCCUCCUCCUCCUCCUCCGGCGCCGCCGGCAAGAAGGAGAAGCCCCUCUCCGUGUCCGCUAUGCUAGCUUCGAUGGACGGGCCGGGGGCCAACGCCAAGCCCGCCAAGGGGGCUGCCAAACCCAAAGCCAAGCCCUCCAAGUCCAAGGCGCUCGCGUCGGCCUACGGCGACAUCGACCUGCCCUCCUCCUCCGAGGAGGAGGACGAGGAGGACGUCGCCGCCGUCAUCGCCAAGCCCAAGUCGGUCCGCGCCACCGUCGACCUCAACGCCCUCGCGCCCUCCGACAAGGACUCCAAGAAGAAGGACAAGCGCGAGGUCAUGGCGGCCGUCGCCGCCGAGGCCGCCAAGCGGGAGGCGCUCCGCGACGACCGCGACGCCUUCUCCGUCGUCAUCGGCGCGCGCGUCCCCGGAUCCGCCGGGGCCGCCGAGGCCGACGCCGUCGACGGGAACAUCAGGGACAUCGUGCUCGACAACUUCUCCGUCUCCGCGCGAGGGAAGGAGCUCCUCAAGGGCGCCUCGCUCCGGAUCUCGCACGGCCGCCGGUACGGCCUCGUGGGGCCCAACGGCAUGGGCAAAUCUACCCUUCUCAAGCUGCUCGCCUGGCGCCAGGUCCCCGUGCCCAAGAACAUCGAUGUCCUGCUCGUGGAGCAGGAGAUUGUGGGUGAUGACCGUUCCGCGACUGAGGCGGUGGUUGCGGCCAACGAAGAGCUCACGGCGCUCCGGGCUGAGCAGGCAAAGCUCGAGGCCUCCAACGACCCCGAUGACAACGACAGGCUCGCCGAGGUGUAUGAGAAGCUCAACCUAUGCGACUCAGAUGCCGCACGGGCGCGUGCGUCCAAGAUCCUUGCUGGUCUGGGGUUUGAUCAGGCGAUGCAGGCAAGGUCCACAAAGUCCUUCAGCGGUGGCUGGAGGAUGCGCAUCUCCCUUGCCCGUGCCCUCUUCAUGCAGCCAACUUUGCUGCUCCUUGAUGAGCCUACCAACCAUCUGGACCUCCGGGCUGUGCUUUGGCUGGAGCAGUACCUCUGCUCGCAGUGGAAGAAGACACUUAUUGUGGUGUCCCAUGACCGCGACUUCCUCAACACAGUGUGCAAUGACAUCAUACAUCUGCACGACAAGAGUCUGCAUGUUUACCGUGGCAACUUUGAUGAUUUCGAGAGUGGGUAUGAGCAGAAGAGGAAGGAGAUGAAUAAGAAGUUUGAGGUUUAUGAAAAGCAGAUGAAAGCAGCAAGGAAAACUGGGAGCAAGGCUGCACAGGAUAAGGUUAAAGGCCAGGCACUGUCAAAGGCUCAUAAAGAAGUUGCCAAGGGGAAGGGCAAGGGGAAGAAUGUGGCCAACGAUGAUGAUAAUGUCAAGCCAGCGGAUCUGCCACAGAAGUGGCUUGACUACAAAGUCGAGUUCCACUUCCCAGAGCCUACUUUGCUCACACCACCACUCCUUCAGCUCAUUGAAGUGGGCUUCAGCUACCCUGGCCGCCCCGACUUCAAGUUGUCAGAUGUUGAUGUUGGCAUUGACAUGGGAACACGUGUUGCCAUUGUUGGGCCCAAUGGCGCUGGAAAGUCUACUCUUCUCAAUUUACUUGCUGGUGAUCUCACCCCAGGUGAAGGUGAGGCAAGAAGGAGCCAAAAACUUAGGAUUGGACGCUACUCACAGCAUUUUGUCGACUUGUUGACAAUGGAGGAAAAUGCGGUUCAGUAUUUACUCAGGCUCCACCCUGACCAGGAGGGAAUGAGCAAAGCAGAGGCUGUCCGUGCCAAGCUUGGAAAAUUUGGCUUGCCAGGUCACAACCAUCUUACUCCCAUUGUUAAAUUAUCUGGAGGUCAGAAGGCCCGUGUUGUGUUCACUUCGAUAUCAAUGGCACAUCCUCACAUUCUCCUGCUGGAUGAGCCGACUAAUCACUUGGACAUGCAAAGUAUUGAUGCUUUGGCUGAUGCUCUGGAUGAAUUUACUGGAGGUGUGGUCUUGGUUAGCCAUGACUCACGGUUGAUAUCUCGAGUUUGUGAAGAUGAGCAGAAGAGCCAGAUAUGGGUUGUGGAGGAUGGCACUGUGGAGAAAUAUGACGGCUCCUUUGAGGAUUACAAGGAUGAACUAAUGGCAGAAAUAAAGAAGGAAGUCGAUGAGUAAUGCUGCUUAUAUCGAGUUGCACAUUGCUCAUUCUUUGUAGAAUGAGCUGGUUUCUUGUCCUGAAAUCCCAUGUACUACUAGCAGCUUUUGUUCGCUUUGGUCUGCAUAGUAUUCAUAUGUUAUUUCAUAUGCACAAUAUUUAUAUGGUCAAGAUGAGCUAUUUUUGCCUUUUGUAUGUUACAAUAGUUUGGGAAUCUAUGUUUCUUUUGUUUGAUUU